CAAUGUGGUGGAGACCGGCACAGACUCUGAUGACGAGGACAAGCUGCACAUCGUGGAGGAGGAGGGCAGCCUGGCGGACGGGGCUGACUGCGACAGCACCCUGCCCGACGACGAGCACAACGGGGAGCGCUGCUGGGAGCGAGUGAAGGAGGAGUGUGUGUCGGAUGGUGAGGAUGACGUCAGUACAGACGCGCUGGUGGAGGAGAUGCUGCAGCAAGGAGACACGGCGGUCAUCUACCCCGAGGCCCCUGAGGACGAACCGCAACGCCAAGGGACGCCUGAAACCAGCGGCCACGACGAGAAUGGAACUCCUGAUGCAUUCUCCCAGCUGCUCACCUGUCCUUACUGCUCACGCGGCUACAAACGCUACAGCUCCCUGAAGGAGCACAUCAAGUACAGGCACGAGAAGAGCGAGGACAACUUUAGCUGCUCCCAGUGCAGCUACACUUUUGCGUACCGCACGCAACUGGAGAGACACAUGACAGCUCACAAGACUGGCCGAGACCAGAGACAUGUCACACAGUCAGGGGGCAACAGAAAAUUCAAGUGCACUGAAUGUGGCAAAGCUUUUAAAUAUAAGCACCACCUGAAGGAGCACCUACGCAUCCACAGCGGGGAGAAACCCUACGAGUGCUCCAACUGCAAGAAACGCUUCUCUCACUCCGGCUCCUACAGCUCCCACAUCAGCAGUAAGAAGUGCAUCAGCGUCAUCUCAGUCAACGGCAGACCGCGCUCCGGGAACAACAAGACUCAGACCCAGUGUCCAUCUCCAGCCUUGCCUGCAUCGCCCUCUUCCCUCCGCACUCAGAUCAGGGAGAAGCUGGAACACGGAAAGCCGCUGCAGGAGCAGCUGCCUCUCAACCAAAUCAAGAGCGAGCCAGUGGAAUACGAGUACAAGCCAGUUGUCAUGACCUCCCCAGCCAGCGGAGUGAACGGUGGGGUGUUUAACGGGGGCGCAGCAGCUCCCAUGCAGGGUGCAGUGCAGGCAGUGGUGCUGCCCACCGUGGGGCUGGUGUCACCCAUCAGCAUCAACCUGGCGGACCUGCAGAACGUACUCAAAGUAGCAGUGGACAGUAACAUGAUUCGCCAGGUGCUUGAAAACAACACCAAGGGCCAGGGACAGGUGAAUACAGGGUUAGCCACUGGAACACUUCACCCCCAGCAACAGCUCAUCUCAGCCAUCAGUCUGCCUAUCAUGGGCCAGGAUGGAAAUGCGAAGAUCAUCAUCAACUACAGUGUGGACCCCAACCAGGCCCAGCUCACAGCUCAAAAUCUGAAGACGGAGCCUCAGCCUGUCACCACAGCCCAGGUCAGCACUGAGGCCUGCAAGGCCCAGAAACUCCCUGAAGACCUCACCAUCAGAGGUACUAGGGACAAAGAGACUAAAGACAUUGAAGAGGAGGGGAAGACCACUAAAACUUGUCUCCUGUGUGAUAGCUGUCCCGGAGGGCUGGAGGCACUCCAUGCCCUCAAGCACUGCAAGAAGGACAGUCACAGGCUUAAUGGAACUAGCCUGGAUAAGUCUGAGUCUGCUAUUGCCACUUUGCUGGCAGACGGAGGGCUAUGCAACCAGCCCAAGAACCUUUUGUCCCUGCUCAAGGCCUACUUCGCCUUAAACGCAGAGCCCACGAAGGAUGAGCUGGCCAAGAUCUCUGACUCAGUCAGCUUGCCCACCCACGUGGUCAAGAAGUGGUUUGACAAGAUGCAGGAAGGUCAGAUAUCCUUGGGUGCCCCAACUCCUCCCUCAGAGGAGGAAGAUGCCUGUGAAACUAACAGUGUGGUAUCUCUGGUCCCAGGGAAGGACAUGGGCACUAUGAGCCCCUCUGCUACCCAGGGCAGCCCCACAGAGGCAACACCAGCAGAGGUCAACGGCUCUCACAGCUCGCCGGCCUCCCCCUCACCACUAAAUCUGACAGCCGGGGGUCCCAUCCAAGCCCAAACCCCUCAGAGCACUGAGGGACCCCUGGACCUGUCACUGCCAAAGCCCACCAGAGAUGAAGCGGAGAAGGUGGCGAACAAAGUCCGUAUGUACUCCACCCCUUCCCUUGGCUGCACCAAUCAGGACGAACCCCUGAACUUGACUUGCACAAAGAAAGAGUCAUUGCCACUCUCAACCACAGGCGGAAGCCAUGCCAGCCCCGUCUCACUCUACGCCAGCCAGCAAAGUGCCAAUCCCAUCAACAUUAUGACCACUCAGCUACCCACCUUGGUGGCUAUCACUGACCAGAGCCGCAUGCCGUGCUUAAGGGCACUCACCACCACCAACAAACAGACUAUCCUCAUCCCCCAGCUGGCCUACACCUAUACCACUACAGCAAGCAGCCCUGCUGGGACGGAAACACAGGAAAAGCUCAUCCACCUCAAUGGAAUCAAGGAGGAGAAGCAAGAGCUCAGCUCCGAGGGCACGCCUGUCGCGGAGGAGCAGAUCGACUCAGACUCAGGCCCCCCAAGAAAGAAGAUGAAGAAGACGGAGAGCGGCAUGUACGCCUGCGACCUGUGUGACAAGAUCUUCCAGAAGAGCAGCUCACUGCUGAGACAUAAAUAUGAACAUACAGGGAAGCGACCCCACGAGUGCGGCAUCUGCAGCAAGGCCUUCAAACACAAGCACCACUUGAUCGAACACAUGCGGCUCCACUCAGGGGAGAAGCCGUACCAGUGUGACAAGUGCGGCAAGCGCUUCUCCCACUCGGGCUCCUACUCCCAACACAUGAACCAUCGCUACUCCUACUGCAAGAAGGAGGCACAGGGCCAAGGAGAAGGGAGGGAGAGCCCCGAGGAGGAGGUGGAGGCGCAGGCACAGGUGGAGAUGGAGGCCCUGAGCCAGGUGCGGGGGCCCGGGCCCUCGCCCCGCUCCCAUCAGGACUCGGAUGAACGAGGGAGCAGCACCAGGGAGGAUGAGGAGAGCGAGGAGGAACUGGAAGAGGAGGAGGAAGAGGAGGAGGAGGAGGGAGCUGUGGACAUGUAUGACAUCCAGGUGGUGCAGAUAGGAGAGGAAGGAGGGGAUGAUGAGGAAGAGAAAGAGGUGGAAAAGGAGGACACUGGUAUGGAUGAAGAAGCAGAGGAGGAGGAAGGAGUAGAGAGAGCAGUGAUGGGGGGAGAGGGGGAGCAGGAGCUGAGUGUAGAAGUGAAACAGGAGGAAGAGGAAGAGAGGGAGGUAGAAGAGCAAAGAGAGGAAGAGCCAGAGAAAGAGCCAGACACAAGGCAAGAGGAGGUGGAGGAGGAAGCUGAGGGAAAGGAGGAGGUUAGGGAGGGGGACGAGAAGACGGCAAUGGAUAUGGAAGACGGAGUGACGCCGGUACAGGCGGAGCAGGAAAGCAAGGAAAAGAGGGUGGAGGAGGAGGGGGAGGCCGGAGGGGAGACUGAAGGUGAAACAAACGGGAGGCCGGUUUCGGGAGACGAGAGCCAGACGCAGGAGGAGAAAGGAGAUACUGAAAAUAAAUGACGGACCAGACCGCUGAUUAUAUUCUCUCCUUCUAUGAAACAGAAUCAGUUUUUUUCCCCUCUUCUCCCCCAACCAACCCCACCUCCCCUCCCCAGUGCCCCCCACCCCACCCCCGCGAGGCCAGAGGAAAGGAGAGGAGAAUGCAGAGGGCGAAGUUUGGUUUGCUCGGACAAUUCAUUUCAGUUCACUACUGUGUAGAAAUCCAGGUGUGCCUGAAAAUACUAGUGACUUUACCACAGGAGAGCCAUUUCUCACUGUUAGUAAAAAAAAAAAAAAAGAUUUGUAAAGAAAACAAGAAGAUGAAGACUCACAUGAAUUUUAACAGCGGAAGAAAUGCAUUAUACAGACUUUGGAAGCUAGAGCCGACACGUUUUAGAUAAUGUUUUAUUACUAAAACACCUUGGGUCAUUUCUUUUUAUCAGUGUUACUAAUUUUAUCACUCAUAUUUUAACCUUGAAAAAGCUUGUACAGUUGGGAGAUAUUUCUAUACCUUUUUAUUGCCAAUGAACAAAAAAAAAACCAGUAUUUUAUUAAGUUGGAAAGAAAAUGAGAAUGAAAAAACAAAUCCUGUGCACUACAAGUGGCUUGGUUCACCUAUGGAUCUAACAGUUGAGUUAUGUCGUCUACCCUUCAGUAUUACCGCACUAGAGCUAUCCCGCUAGCGUACGUUAGCAUAACUUUCUCUUUAGAUUUGUCCUUAUCCCGAUCGGAUUGUCAGCCUUAAGAUGAAAAAAACAAAAAAAGCAACGGAGAGUGGAUGUUCAGCCAUAUUUUGUCUUUUUUUUUCCUUUUAUACUUAAAAAAAACGGAGGUACAUAGCCUUGAUCCAUUGGUUUUGUCUCUCGCUUUACAAACCAGUGUUUUAUAUGUUGAGAGAAAGCAGGAAGGGGAUGUAGAAGCUGUUUGACCCCCCCGCCCAUUACUCUACCCCACCCCCACCCAAGCCCACUCCCAGCCUUAUGCAAAAACAAGAAGAGAAGAGAAACAUGCAUAUCAAAAAGUGCCAUUGAAUAUUGCUGUUAAACCUUAGUGGCUGCGAUCGGGGCCCACAUGUGAUCGCAGCGCCACCUAUGUCCACUAAUAAGCCGGUAUACUGUUGACUUUGGCUAACCACCUGACCCAAUAGAGUAGAACUGACCCUACCGUGUGUUCAUACGGCGUAGAUAUUCAGAUGAGCUGCUUCUCUUUCGGAUCGGAGCAAUCAGCGACGGAGAAGGACUCUGCAAUGCACAUAGUUUUCAGGCGGACAACAAAAGCGUGGUUGUGUCAUUAUUUGCAAGUACACAUCCCGCCCCCUUUAUGAAAGCUGCCCCCCCACCUCACCUCAGACCCUGUCCAGUGCACUUGUUUUUAACAGAUUGUGAAAAGCCCCUCACUCACUCUUUUUUUUUUCAGGUAACAAAUGUAGGCAAACAUGAACCCCAGGAGUUUAAUUCAGACAAAUGUUUUUUUUUCUUUUUUACCUGUCAGUAUUAUUUUGUCAGUGUUUUCUCUUUUCUUUUAUAUAUUUCGUUUCUGUUUCAUUGUGUAUACUGUAUGUUUUCAGCAAUGGCAGUAUUAUCCCCCCCCCCAACGAAUAUGGGUAUGUCUGUUUAGUUAUAGAGAACUUUUAUAUUUAUGUGUCCUAUUUUUUUAUAUUUCGUUAUGGUUAUUUAUUACACUAUGUAGUGUACAAUACUGUAGUUUGUAUUAAUACGAUAAUAUAUUUUAGUAUGGAAACAAACAAACCAUGCCAACAGCAGCUGACUACAAGGCUGGAACAAUACAACUCCGGCAAACCGAAGUGUUGUUUUUUUUUGUUUUGUUUUUUUUUUCUUAUGAACAAAUGAGAAGAUGUUUUUCCUCGGGAAGAAGAGAAAACCGCACCCUACACGCCUGAAAAUUGGAACCUGUGACCUCUCUGCAUCCAUUCUCACGUUAGUUUUAUUCUACGUUCCCCUCUAAUAUGAAGCUACUGAACUUUGGAAAACUAAUUGUAUGUCUAAUAGCAUGAGUGUGCCGUUGUAUUGAAGGAUGAUCCUUAACCAUGAAAACUGUCCUUUUGCCAAGCCAAAAUAAUAUGGACAUACGUUCUUAUGUUUUGUUUGGUUUUGUUUCCAUUCGUUUGUGCCAAUUUGUUCCUUUGGAUGGUUCAUGUUAAAACCACACCCUUUUAUAUGUUCUUUCCCCUUUUAACACCCCAUAGGGUCUUUUUUUAUAGUGAUUGUUUUUAUUUUUGUUGUUUUUAUUUUAUUUUAUUUUUUGGUUCAUUUUUUAUGACUCCCCAUCUCACAAUAAAAUACAUCAACUAUA